CCCGUUCCCUCCUCCCGGCUCCGGCCCCACCCGGCUCAGACGGCUCCGGACGGGACCGCGAGCACAGGCCGCUCCGGGCGCCUCGGAUCCCGCGGGACCCACCGCCCUGCCGCGCGCUCCGGCCGCCCGCGCGCCCCACCGGCAGCUCCCCACUGCGCGCAUCCUCCUCGGUGAGCCCAGCGGGCACGCGCCGCCACCAUGUUCAGCUGGCUGAAGCGGGGCGGGGCGCGGGGCCAGCAGCCCGAGGCCAUCCGCACGGUGACCUCGGCUCUCAAGGAGCUGUACCGCACCAAGCUGCUGCCUCUCGAGGAGCACUACCGCUUCGGGGCCUUCCACUCGCCGGCCCUGGAGGACGCCGACUUCGAUGGCAAGCCCAUGGUGCUGGUGGCCGGCCAGUACAGCACGGGCAAGACCAGCUUCAUCCAGUACCUGCUGGAGCAGGAGGUGCCCGGCUCCCGCGUGGGGCCCGAGCCCACCACCGACUGCUUCGUGGCUGUCAUGCACGGCGACACCGAGGGCACCGUGCCGGGCAACGCCCUCGUCGUGGACCCGGACAAGCCCUUCCGAAAACUCAACCCGUUUGGGAACACCUUCCUCAACAGGUUCAUGUGCGCCCACCUCCCCAAUCAGGUCCUGGAGAGCAUCAGUAUCAUUGACACCCCGGGCAUCCUGUCAGGCGCUAAACAGAGAGUGAGCCGCGGCUACGACUUCCCGGCCGUGCUGCGCUGGUUCGCGGAGCGCGUGGACCUCAUCAUCCUGCUCUUUGACGCGCACAAGCUGGAGAUCUCGGACGAGUUCUCGGAGGCCAUCGGCGCACUGCGCGGCCACGAGGACAAGAUCCGCGUGGUGCUCAACAAGGCCGACAUGGUGGAGACGCAGCAGCUGAUGCGCGUCUACGGGGCGCUCAUGUGGGCGCUGGGCAAGGUGGUGGGCACGCCCGAGGUGCUGCGCGUCUACAUCGGCUCCUUCUGGUCCCAGCCCCUCCUCGUGCCCGACAACCGGCGCCUCUUCGAGCUGGAGGAGCAGGACCUCUUCCGCGACAUCCAGGGCCUGCCUCGCCACGCUGCCCUGCGCAAGCUCAACGACCUGGUCAAGAGGGCGCGGCUGGUGCGGGUGAGCGGGGCUGGGGGCGGGCGGGAGAGGGGGGAUGGGGGAUGGGCGAGCAGUGGGGGGGAUGG